AUGGGGUUCUUCGCCGGCUUCUGCAGCGGAUUUGCCCUGACCAGCUCCGUCCUAUUCAUUACCGUCCAAGUCCACCGCACAAACCGUCUGGAACAGCGUCGGGCGAUCCGUGAACAAGUCGAUCAGAUUAACUGGCUCGCCUCCUCCGCCGGCGCAUAUGACCGUCGCUUUGCUCCACAAGAUAUUCCCCGACGAUUGGAGGAUCGCUUGCAUAAGCGGGAUGAACAAGUUACCAUGAAAGAGGUUUUGAAGCAUCGGUGGAACCAAGAGGUGGAAAAAGUGGCCAAGAAAGCACACGAGACUCGAUGGGAGGACGUACGAGACACAGCAGUCAAUGGAUGGAGGUCCGCCACAAGCCUUUUCAAGAAAGAGUGA